UGAUUAGAAAUUUUUAUUCGUAUCAGAUUUGUGCUGCUAUUCGGUUAAAAAGUACAUAUUUUUCCAAAAAUACUCCAAAAUCUAUAAAAUAGAGCGGCGGUAGUUACAAUUAUUUAAGAACUGCGUCCCAAUUCGGCUUCCAAUAGCGAGAUUUUACGCUACUUAACCUGAAGAUGAAAUAAAUGUGCGGUUAAGGACAAGAUUUGCAAAUAAAACCGUACUACCAUGACGUCUUUGUGUAAAACCACAGUGUUACGUUUGUACCAAGAGGUCAUUGAAGAUGUGGUAGCGGGUGUGCGAGAAGUGUUUCUGGAAGAUGGAGUAGAUGAGCAAGUUUUGCAAGAGCUGAAGCAGACGUGGGAGAAUAAGUUAGUAGCUAGUAAAGCUGUACAUAAUCAAUACGAUGCGGAGAACAGUAAGCAAGCCUUACGAAAACAAAUUGACGUGGCGAAUGGGUCCAACGGUAUCCCUAAGCCGCAGCAACAGCAAAUUCAAAAGCAAGUGGUGGGCCAAGUUACACCGAACAAUCAUGUACAGAUACCAAUUAUUCGUGACGAAAAUAAGCUAGUUCCAAUUCAAAUAACUUUACCUGCACAACCCGGUAGUGAUAGUGGCCAACGUGUUCUAACCAUCCAGGUUCCGGCUUCCUCCUUACAGGGAAAUCAGUUGCACAAGGUGCUUACUGGGCCCGUUAUUACAGCAACCAUGAGUUUACCUCAAGCGUUAGCGUCAUCCGUUUUACAGCAGCACGUUAAUGCGGCAUUAAAUUCUCAGCAACAAACAGUUACCAUAGGUUCCAUAGUAAAUAAAUCUGUGAUACAGACUGACGGAGUAUUAGAUUUGGACAGUUCCGAUGAUGAGGUCAACUCACUCGGCACAUUAUGUUUAAGCCGGCCAGGUCCCAGUCGUGGCGGGGGGGAGGGCUGCUCGUUCAAACAACUCGAUGGUGCUAGAGAUACUUCGGAUGAUGACGAUCAAGGAUCUGAUGAUGAUGAUGCUUCUGAUGAAGCAGAUGAUGAUAAAGAUGAUGAUGAGCAGGAAAUGGAGGAAGGGGGUCCCGAAGAAGAGCCGUUAAAUUCAGAAGAUGAUGUGACGGACGAGGAUCCCUCGGAUGUCUUCGACACAGACAAUGUGGUCGUCUGUCAAUAUGACAAGAUCACUAGAAGUCGUAAUAAGUGGAAAUUUCAUCUUAAAGAUGGUAUCAUGAACCUCAACGGCGAGGAUUUCGUUUUCCAAAAGGCCACCGGAGACGCCGAGUGGUAAAUUAUGGAAACUUAUGUGCAAGCUGUUUGUUUGAAAGUUGUUUGUUUGUGUUAGUUAUGUUUUCAUAUUCAUUAUAGUUAUUUAUAUGUAUUCAUAUCAACAUUUGUGUAAGACAAAGUAAUUGAUUUCUGUAUUUAAAAAUGCAUAUAACAGAGUUAGGUAAUUGUAAAUCUUAAUUUAUGGAACACACUGUUAGCAUUAAUUCUUGUACUUUUGUUUAACUGUUAAGACUGAUACAAGUGAAAAAAUAUAUUUGAUCGAGCAAAAA